GCUCCAUAGACAACACUGGAGGUGGCUGUCGUAUUUUAACAGUGGAUAAAUCCCCUUGAGCCCAACCACACACUUUGCUGAUGUCCCACCACAACGUCUCAACUACAGGAGGGAGAGAAGACAGCAAAGGAAGCAUGGAGUUAGUCUGGAAUAUAUUUUCUGUCACUGGAAAGAUAUUCUCCAAGGAAACAGCUUUACCAAAGAAGACAACAGAUUUGAUCAGCACAGCCGGAUAUGACAACAUUGUCCAACACUUGAAUGACGGCAGGAAGAACUGCAAAGAAUUUGAAGACUUUUUGCGAGAAAGGGCUUCUGUAGAAGAGAGAUAUGGGAAGGAGCUGAUCAGCUUGUCACGGAAGAAGCCCUGUGGGCAGACCGAGCUAAACACCCUCAGACGAGCGCUGGAGGUUUUCAAGCAACGUGUGGAGACUGUUGGCCAAAUCCAUAUGCAGCUAGCCCAGAAUCUCAGGGGAGAAGCGAAGAAAAUGGAGGAUUUCAGAGAAAAGCAAAAACUCCAUCGUAAAAAGAUUGAACUAAUAAUGGACGCCAUUCACAAAAACCGGAAUCUGCAGUACAAGAAGACCUUAGAAGCCAAGAGGCUCUACGAACAGCGAUGCAGAGACAAAGAUGAAGCAGAGCAAGCCGUUCAUCGGAGCACCAACCUGGUCACCCCGAAGCAGCAGGAAAAGCUGUUCGUGAAACUCGCUCAGGCCAAGACUGCCUUGGAAGACUCAGACAGGAUAUAUCAGAACAACGUCAACGCUCUGGAGAAGAUCAGGGAAGAGUGGCAGAACGAGCACAUCAAGGCUUGUGAGUUCUUCGAGAGUCAAGAAUGCGAGCGGAUCAACUAUUUUCGGAAUGCUAUGUGGUUGCAUGUGAAUCAGCUGUCGGAAGGUUGUGUCAAGAAUGACGACAACUACGAAGAGAUCCGCAGAGCCCUCGAGCAGUGCAGCAUCGGGAACGACAUCGAGUGCUUUGUACAUAUUCGCAAAACCGGCAACCUCCCUCCAGUUCCUGUAGUCUAUGAAAAUUAUUAUAACACACAGAAGAACACGGUGCCCAGAAGAUGCCAAGUUCCAGUGCCUGGCACGAGACCCCAGAUGCCCAUCCCUUCCAGUGAACCAGGGGACGCUAACUAUGCUUCCGUGGAUGGAUAUAGCUUAAUUCAUCCCCACUAGCCCAGAGAUGAUCUUCGAGUCUUUUAUUUGACGAAACCUCUGUGAGGAAAUGAAAUAGCAGCAUUUUAAAAGCUGUCUCCACAUACUUCCCCAAAUGGAGUUAUGCUCUUUUUUGGGGUGCAUGAAUUAUUGUUUCUUAAAAACGCGAUGGGAGGAGAACGCUUUGGAAAGAUGGAGGAUGGUUCCGCAGCAGAAAAGCACCGAGAGAAUGCUCAUUUUCUGGCAGAUCACACCAAUCUUCUGUUGUUUUAUUCGUUUGAAGGAAGGGAUUAAAAACAAAACAAAACCCUGCAGGAGUGUUUGCAGGAUAUGGCUGAAAAAGUCAAGAUGGUGGCUGUAGCAUCACCUGCCUCCUUAUAGCAGGGGUCUCCAACCUUGGUCCCUUUAAGACUUGUGGACUUCAACUCCCAGAGUUCCUCAGCCAGCUUUGCUGGGAGUUGAAGUCCACAAGUCUUUUUUUUUUUUUCAUAAAAAAGUUUUAUUUUUACAAUCAUAUCAAACAGCUCAUCCAAUGUACAGUUAUAUACAAUUAGUCGGGCUUGCCCAGUCACCACCACCCUUUUUAACACUCUUCCCUCUUCUACCUUCUUCUACUUUCCAGACCUUCCUCUCCUUCUCUUAUCUACAUCCUCUCCUCCCUCCACCCUACACCUUCCUUCUCCCUCUUCCUUCCUCUUCUCCUCUUUCCUACCUCCUACUCUCUCCUCUUUUCUCCCUCCCCACCGUUCUAAAAUGGUAACUGGGCAGACCCGACCCUACAUUAAUUAUAUUUAUACAUCUUCAAUAAUCCCUGUACAUUAACCAUCACUCCAUCCUCUACCCUCAACCCCCCAAUUCCCCUCCCCCUUACCCCCCACCCCGACUUCCCAGAACAAAAUGCAGGG